AUGGAUAAAGACUUCCGCUACUACUUCCAGCACCCGUGGUCUCGCUUAGUCGUGGCUUACUUAGUGAUCUUCUUUAACUUCUUAAUAUUUGCUGAGGACCCAGUAUCUCACAGUCAGACUGAAGCCAAUGUUAUUGUUGUUGGUAAUUGUUUCUCCUUUGUAACAAAUAAAUACCCUGAAGGAGGAGGCUGGAGAUUUUUGAAGGUGUUUCUGUGGCUGCUUGCCAUUCUCACAGGACUGAUAGCUGGGAAAUUUCUCUUCCAUCAGCGCCUGUUUGGUCAGUUGCUCCGUCUGAAAAUGUUUCGAGAGGACCACGGGUCUUGGAUGACGAUGUUCUUCAGUACCAUCCUCUUCCUCUUCAUUUUUUCUCACAUUUAUAAUCUGUUCCUCAUUAUGGCAGGGAAUAUGAGGUGGGUUACAGAGUUUCUUUUUGUCUGUUUUGCUCUAGAGUGUAUUUUACUGGAAACUUUUAAUAUGAUGCUGCUUUACAGUGAACAAGAGCUUACCAAAAU